AGAGAGCGGCAAAGCGGCGCCUCUCCCACAGAGGUAAGACCGGAGGACAGUGACUGUGCUGGGGACACAGAGGAGGCUAAAGCCGCCUGAACUCACUUUAUGCGCUUCAGUAUCUGUGAAAUACUUUUUGUUAUGUCAUCGACUGAUUAUACAAUUUAGGGAAGCGCCAGUCGUGCGUAAAACCCUGGCACCGUCUCCAAAGCGCACAGAGAGAAAACUUACCCGACACCCUAAACAAGCGUCGUAUCGUGGACACAUCCAGCCUAUUAAAAACUAUUUUUAAAUCUUCCAUACCGGGGGAGGAGACAGUCAGAGGAGGAGGGGCAGGAUAUAUUAUGCGCAACAUCACAACAUCGGUGGGAUGUGAUUUUAACGCCGACUUCAUAAACGAAUGAACACGCGUGGAGAUAAAGUGUCGGAUGUUUUAGAAAGACAUGGGAACUGUAAUCCAACACUCAAACAAAAGUGAAGGUGGACCGCUCAUCUAGUGAGCAUGAAGCGGGGCGUCUGGAGCGUUUUCACAGCUGGGACACUGAACAGACCCACAUUUUACCGCGGACGAACCCUCCUCGGAAACUGAAACAACAGUGAAGUUACUGACCAUAAAUUGAGUAGAGGACUGCUGGUGGUCCCUGGAUCAGAUUCAGAACUGUUGCUCUCAGUACAGGUCUCUUCAUCUGCCAGUGGUCAGAGGCUUAGCUUCUCUCCAGUGAGAUAAGGAAGGAUAAUUCAAUUUUUUUUUCUCUUUUGGAAACAGUGCAUAGCCAACCUUUUAGGCUCAGUGACGACUGCCUGUCAAAUAAAUGUCCAAAAAUGAAGUCAAAGACACUGAUGUUUCUCGAUUGAACAAACGGAGAAUUCAUUUAAAAUCGGUGGAUAUUCUUCUCACAAUGCUCAGAGACUCUUAGUUUGCCAACUUCCAUCUCUUCAAACAUGGAGAACGUGUCCAUCCAUGGCGGCGUCCUGCCCGUGUGCAACGACUCGGUGGACUUCUACUCCCUCACAUCAGGCAACCAAACUGACCUGAACUGCACCCCUCCCUCUGAGUUUAACUUCUACGCUGACCUUUACAUCAUUUUACCUGUCAUCUACUCUGUCAUCUGCGCAGUGGGACUGACCGGCAACACAGCUGUGAUCUACAUGAUCCUCAAAGCCCCCAAGAUGAAAACAGUAACCAACAUGUUCAUCCUGAACUUGGCCAUUGCUGAUGAUUUGUUCACUCUGGUGCUGCCGAUCAACAUAGCUGAACACUUGCUGCACUACUGGCCUUUCGGUGAUGUUUUGUGCAAAGUCAUCCUUAGCAUAGACCACUACAACAUCUUCUCCAGUAUCUAUUUCCUGACAGUGAUGAGCAUUGAUCGCUACCUGGUCGUUUUGGCCACAGUCAGGUCCAAGCGCAUGCCUUACCGCACUUACCGAGCAGCCAAAAUAAUCUCAUUGUGCGUCUGGAUCCUCGUCAUCCUCAUCGUCAUGCCUUUCACUGUUUUCGCUGGUGUUUACGUCAACCCAAACGAUGGGAGGAAGAGCUGCGUGCUCAGCUUCCCCAGCCCUGAGAGUUUGUGGUUCAAAGCAAGCCGGAUCUACACCCUCAUCCUGGGCUUUGCCAUUCCGGUCUCAACCAUCUGUAUCUUAUACACAAUGAUGCUCUACAAGCUGAGGAACAUGCGUCUCAACAGCAAUGCCAAGGCGCUGGACAAAGCCAAGAAGAGAGUCACCAUCAUGGUGUUUAUUGUCUUGGCUGUGUGCUUGUUCUGCUGGACGCCAUUCCACCUCAGUACCAUUGUGGCUUUGACGACUGACCUGAGGACGACACCGCUGCUGAUUGGAAUCUCCUACUUCAUCACCAGCCUGAGCUACGCCAACUCCUGCCUCAACCCAUUUCUCUACGCCUUCCUGGAUGACAGCUUCAGGAAGGCCUUUAAGAAGAUGUUGGAAUGUAGACCCACAUAACUGUGAUGGAAAAAUAUCAUGGGAACCUGAAUUGUUCUGAUUUGUUGUGAAUGUCAGUUUGUUAAAGCUGCACUAGGCAACUUUGCACAUUGUUUGCACAUGAUAGCACGAGUUAGCUUUAUUUAUUUAUUGUAGAUAUGUAGAAAACAUGUAAAAUUAUGCCUGUAGACUGAACACAAUGCUGUUAAUGUGACAAAACCUCAAUUUAAAUUUCUUUUGAUGCAGUAAACGUACGUGAUGAGAGGAAAAACAACAGAACAUUUGUGAGUCCAACUUUGUCUGGACAAAGAGCUGUUUGGGUGUUGCUCUUGAAUUUAAAUUCAUCACUUUAUGCGGGUAGAGAAGAUCUGCUGCCAGCACAAAUCAAUCUGGAGCCUGUUACACUAGAGAGACAAAAGUACUGGGACAAACCUGUUUUUUUUUUUU